AUGAUUUCAAGUGCAGUGAAGCAGUUUCACAGCGUUCAUUCCCCGCACCGGACCUCCAAGAUUCCUAACCUAAAAUGUGCAUCGCUCAACUCUUCGGAUUCCCUCCCACCCGAUCCCUCCCAGAUUCAAACGUCUGCUCCCACCCAGAUGGAGCAAAAUUCAAUUUCUAUUCUGGAGAUUCUGAAGCAAUCAAAUUCAUAUCUGCCUCAUGUGCUCAUUGCUAGUAUACUGCUUGCUCUUACCUACCCACGGUCUUUGACGUGGUUUACCAGCAGAUACUAUGCACCUGCACUAGGUUUUUUGAUGUUUGCAGUUGGGGUUAAUUCAAAUGAAAAUGACUUUAUUGAGGCAUUUAAGAGGCCAGCAGAAAUUGUCACUGGUUAUUUUGGCCAGUUUGUUGUGAAGCCUAUUCUUGGAUAUCUGUUUUGCCUGAUUGCAGUAACUGCUUUAGGCCUACCAACAACAGUUGGUGCAGGAAUUGUAUUGGUGGCUUGUGUUAGUGGUGCCCAGCUUUCAAGUUAUGCUACUUUCCUGACGGAUCCACCAAUGGCACCUUUAAGCAUAGUUAUGACAUCCCUGUCCACUGCUUCUGCAGUUUUUGUCACGCCACUCUUAUUACUGUUGCUCAUUGGGAAGAAAUUGCCUAUAGAUGUAAAAGGAAUGGUGUAUAGCAUUACACAGAUUGUGGUGGUACCUAUUGCAGUUGGCCUGCUUCUUAAUAGAUUCUUUCCUCGUAUUUGUAAUGUUAUUCGACCAUUUUUGCCUCCCCUGUCAGUAUUGGUGGCAGCUAUCUGUGCUGGAGCACCACUUGCCUUUAAUGUUGAGACUAUGAAAUCCUCCAUGGGAAUCGCUAUCUUGUUUCUUGUUGUUGCUUUUCAUUUGUCAUCUUUCAUAGCUGGUUAUUUCCUCAGUGGAUUUGUCUUCCGUGAUUCUCUUGAUGCUAAGGCACUGCAACGAACAAUUUCCUAUGAGACAGGAAUGCAAAGUAGCCUGCUAGCCCUGGCUCUUGCUAAUAAAUUCUUUGAAGAUCCAGUUGUGGCUAUACCUCCAGCAAUUUCUUUUCUGCAUCCAGUGGGGGUUGCAAUGUUCAGUGUGAUCCAGAGAGUAAGACUUGCUUUGGGGGCUUAUGCCUAUGUAUUGUUUAUUGAGAGAUGUUACUCUUUUCUAAAUUUGUUUGCAGACUUCAAUUAUGUCUUUGAUGGGAUUUGCUCUUGUUCUGAUUUGGACCAGAAGGGGAAAGAGAGAGACAAAAUAAUACUCUUGAAAGAUGAAAAUGCAGGAAGGAGAAAGGGUGUUGUGUUAUCCGAAGCAGGGUGCACUGAAAACAAAGAUGCAAUAUUAGAAGCAGUUACAGUUACUGCUCCAACUCCAACCAUGGCGGCGGCAACGUUGUACUUGGCAAAACCAUUUUGUGCUUCCAAAAUUCCGUUACCGAGAGUGAGCGACAGUAGAAUUGGAACCGUCAAGUGUGAAGUCCAAACCAAAUUGAAAACGGGUUUCUUGGGACUGGGUCUGUUCCACUUCCUCACCUUCGUCGAACCUGCUUCAUGUCUCCAACUGCAGCUGCAACUCCAGGAACCCCCCAAUGCCCUCUCUCUGCCCACAUGGGCCAUUCACGUCUCUAGUGUCGCUGAAUGGAUUAUAGCCAUGGCUUUGGUGUGGCAAUACGGGCACAAUUCUAAAUACCCAGCUUGGAAGGGCCUUUCUUGGGGUAUGGUACCUCUACUUGGUGGAGCUUUUUGUGCGUGCACAUGGCAUUUCUUUUAUAACGCUGAGUCCCUUGAGGUAUUGGUGGCUCUUCAAGCGGCACUGACUGUUAUAGGUAAUGCCACAAUGUGCAUAGCUGCAUAUAGGAUAUACAAAUCAUCCCAAGGCUCCUAG